UUCACAAAAAAUCCCUUAACAUGCACAUGAAAGUUCACACCGGAGUGAAGCCUUUCACCUGCCAACCGUGUGGAAGCUGUUUCAGUCACAAAAAAACCCUUAACAGUCACAUGAAAAUUCACACCAGAGUGAAGCCUUUCGCCUGCCAACAGUGUGGAAGAAGUUUCAGUCACAAAAAUUCCCUUAACAGUCACAUGAAAAUUCACACCAGAGUGGAGUCUUUCGCCUGCCAUCAGUGUGGAAAGAGUUUCAGUCUCAAACAAACCCUUAACAGGCACAUGAAAAUUCACACCAGAGUGAAGCCUUUCGCCUGCCAACAGUGUGGAAAGAGUUUCUCUGACAGAACAAAGCUUGAUGCCCACAUGAGUGUUCACACUGGAGAGAGACCUUUCUCCUGCUCUCAGUGUGGAAAGAGUUUUACACUGAAAAAAAUCCUUAAUGCCCACAUGAGUAUUCACACUGGACAGUGCCUGUACACCUGCAAACUGUGUGGGAAGAGUUUCUCACGAAAAGGAAAUCUUAAGACUCACAUGAGAACUCACACUGGAGAAAAGCCAUUCACAUGCUCUCAGUGUGAAAAGAGUUACACGCACAAAAAAAGCCUUAAUGUCCACAUGCAAUAUCAUACUAUGAGAUUUAAAGAAAACCUUAACCAUUCCAUUCACACAAGAGUGAACGGUUUUAUAUGUCAUCAGUGUAGAAGGAGCUUCAAAGACAGAAAAUGCCUUAAGAAUCAUGUAAAAACUCACGCUGGAGAGAAGCCUUUCAUGUGCGAUCACUGUGGAAAGUCUUGCGCAAACAAAGCGUACCUUGAGAAUCACGUAAGAGUUCACACUGGAGAGAAGCCAUUCAUCUGCCCUCAGUGUGGAAAGAGUUUCCCGUUCAAAGGAAACCUGAAGAAUCACGUAAGAGCUCACACUGGAGAGAGGCCUUACAAGUGUCUUCAGUGUGAGAAGACUUUCAUGUAUAUCUCAGGCCUUAAACGUCAUUUACAGACUUGCGCCUGUUUCACACCUCAAGCUUAAGCUUCACGUCAGCGUCACUGCAGCUGCAGACUCGUGAAAGUAUUCACUAGGGAUGUGCGGGUCUAGUUGACUAAACGGUACAGCUCCUACUAGUAGACACUGAAAACAAUAGUCGAUUACACGAGAGAGAAAAAAUAGGACUUGCUUGUCGUUAUCUUUGCGUGACUCCGACUUCAGUUCCUGGGCAGGAAUAACUGUUAAUCACCUCAGGUCCCGUCUUUCACCGGACCACGCUGAUUGUUAAUUUCACUGCACAUAUACGCAUGGUCUGAGAAAGUAAAAUGGGUAUUGUUGCAUCGUUUUGUUUUUAGAUGAUAUAGCCUACUACAUGAAGUACGUUUUUAAAAACCGUUUUAAUGCUGUUCCUUGAUAAACUUUCCUAUCGUUUUUGACUUUUUGUGUUUUUUAAUAUGUUGGCUAGAUGAAGAACUCUGUCUGUCUAUAGAGCUCCGGAGGUUGACGUCACGCAAUCUAAACUCCCAUCAGGAGAGCGCUAGAGCGGCUGUAGCAUUGGUAUCGACAGUGGUUGAACAAUAAUUUAAAACCAGAAUAUUUAAAUCUUACAAAUCUUACUAUUUCAACAUGGUGGACAGCUGCUGAUGCCAGAACAGGCGGGGGAAAGCUAGGGUUGCCAACCGUCCCGUAUUAGCCGGGACGUCCCGUAUAUUGGGUUUAAUUUAUGUGUCCCAUACGUGACCUCCCUUGGCCCGUUUCUUGCCCCCUCACGCAGUAUUCGUUAAGUUAAUAAGAAAUCCUGAAUCCUCUGCCGGCUGGUCGCUCCCGCUUCACAGCAAGCAGCGCUCGCAAUAAAGCUAAUACCAUCCGUAUUUUCACUUCAGUACAUCAGUUUUGGCAAAUACAAACAACGUGAUUAUUUUCAAUGUGAGUCCAACAUCCAGCCGCGCAAGAAAACAUACAAUCUACCCGAGACAUGUUCAAUAAGGGAAGCCGUCUUUCACUAUUGCAAAAUAGAGAAAAAAACAUAUG